AUGGCUGCGCGACUAAGCCUAAUAGUGCUCAACACGGGAAACACAACCACGUUUAGAGGACCAGGAUGUGAGGAAACUACAUCAGACAUCACUCUAUCAUCAGAACGCAUGGCAGGCUCAAUAAAGAAAUGGAAAGUCCUGGAGGAUUACACUGGCAGCGACCACCAGUACAUUUCCUUCACUAUCGAUACUGGAACAAACGCUAACCAGUACAAGAAAAGCACUGCAACACGAAAGUGGAACAUUUCGAAGCUAAAUACUUCGAAAUUGAUCUCUGCAAUAGACGACCAAAACCCAUCUAGCAGCUCCCCGAAAAAUGCAAAAAAAAUUGUCGAGCACACAAUGUUUAAUAUAACAAGAGCCUGUAAAAAAUCAAUGCCCAAGGCCUCCCACAGCAAACAUAAGGCAGCAGUUUACUGGUGGACUGAAAAUAUCGCCCAACUCAGACGCACAUGCCUCCGCCUUCGCAGAUCCUACACGAGAUCCAGGCGCAGAGGAGCCGCAUCCGAAGAAGCCGAACUAUACAAAGCAGCAAAAAAGGAGCUGAAGCAAACCAUCAACGACAGCAAAACGAAAAAAUGGGAGGAACUACGCGAGGAUAUAAACAGAAACCCCUCGGAACUCGGAUAUAAGAUAGUGAUGAAGAAACUCAGCGCUCGAGCAAAGCCACCUGACCUAACCGCUGGCAAAAUGGAUCACAUCGUGAACGCACUAUUCCCCACACACGAAAGCAGGGCUAAUGAUCCAGAUCAAACUCUAAGAUCUGCGCAAAUCUCCCAGUUCUCCCUCGAAGAGCUACAGCUAGCCACUGGCAAGCUCAAGGGCAACAAAUCACCCGCCUCGGACGGCAUCCCAGCAGAAAUCCUCAAAAUAAUCGCUGCAGAGCGCCCGGCAGUACUAUUGAAUAUGUACAACGCCUGCAUUGAACGGCUGCGGGAAAGCUAUACGAAAGCCUACUUAAACCCAGGCUCGAAGCGGCUAUCAACGAAGCAGGAGGACUGUCCCCUAUUCAACAUGGAUUCAGACCCUGCAGAUCAACUAUAG